AUGCGAAUGGCGCGCAUCGGUUACUUCUCUCUAAGGCGACUCGCAUUUACUCCGAAAGAUGGCAUCAAGAUUGAGAUUCGAGGCCUGGGACUAAAUAUCCAUCGUCCUACUUUCGCACAACCAACAUGGCUCAGUAUUGUCCUUACGGAGCUGGCAAUUACUCUGGAUUUGAAGGUUUUGGAUGGAGACAAAUUGGCACGCAGCCCAGAAGGAAAUGGAGCUGUGGAGGAAGAAGGGCAGAAUGGCUCAAGUCGCGAAGUCGAGUCCGAGAUCAAACCACUUUCUAGACGUGCUACCUCCUUCGAGCCGCAGCGCAGCAAAAUGUGGGAGCAGCUUACGAGCAUCAAGAACCGAAUUAAACGCUUACACCGCAAUAUAAAUUGGAUCCGAAUGGUGGAUGUCGUGGCUUCGAAUUCAUCGGUGACCGUGGUUGACGUGGGCAACAUACAACUGGGAAGUUUUACAUUGGCAGUGGAUACUAGGAGGAAAACAAUCGACCGCGGGAGAAUGUUCACACAUGUGAAGAGGGCAAACAGUAAUCAGCGUCCAGCAGAAUGGAUGCUGACCAUUCGCAGCGUUCUGUUCACACCGGAAGGGGGGGAGUCUUUAGAGGUACUGGACCACCUUACCUUGAACAUACACGGAUUAUUAUACAAGGAACUUGAUGGUCUGCGAGAGGCAGCAAUCGCUCUCAAACUGGGGCGAGUUCAUAUACCAUAUGACGACAUAAAUACAUGUAUAAACAAAUAUAAGGGUUGUCGCAAGCAGCGCAAACCGAAAAAAGGAAAAGCUGCACUCGAGGAGAUAUCUGUGGCAAGUAUUAUCGGGGAACUCGAAAGGCCUGGAAGUGAGGAGGAAAACCUUGUACAAACAGUAUCGGAUUCUAAAGAGUUUGCGAGCUCUAUCCUACGGGGCAUUAAGGAAGUACAAUUUGCAGUCAGCUACGUUGGAUUCAGUAAGAAAAUCACCUCAGUACAGCCCUCAGGCUCACCAAUGUAUCUCAAUGCUUCUAUGAAGGAGGUUGGAAUGGAUCUUCAUCGUUUGGAUCAAAAAUCCCCCGCUCACCGAAUGUAUUUUUCCUCCAAAGAUAUAGCUCACCAAGCUCUUAUUGCUGCUCUCUCCAUCUCUAUCGGAGUCGAUGAUGGAAAUGGGACAUCCGACAGGCUAGUCUAUGUCCCAAUGGCAACUACCACAAUUCGAACCACAUCUCUAUCCAAAACCGUACAAUUUGCAACGGAUAACAGUGCAGAUGAUCGAAACGCGAAUAUUUUGUUCGCUAAUGCCGUCGUUACAUCACCUUCCAUUGAUCUUGAUCCAAGACAUCUUCCCCUUGUCUUAGCCAUGGCAAAAUCAAAGUCAAAAUCGAAGAAAGAUAGCACACCGGAGAGACAUGUACUAAUAUCUCGGUUAUUGCCUAAAGCUAAUGUCAAAAUAUCAAUGCACGAGCCCGUCCUUCGAAUUGCUCUACCUCCCGUUGAAGAUACAGCAGAUGAGGAUGAUUUCGAUCUUAUCAUAUCUUCCAUAUCUUCCAUAUCUCUGGAUAUAGAAUCUUCCCAUUCUGCGGUAGGAGAAUUGCAUUAUAGUCUUGGUUCUACAUUACGACUACAGUCCCAUGAUCUCUAUUACCAAACAUGCUCCGGAUCUCGGUUUGACUUGCUUCAAAUCGAAACUCUUGAUCUGAAAGUCUCAGUCAGUGCCAAUCCAGAAGUUUACGUUGUGGCUACGGGCAAUGUCCAGACGUGUUCAGUACACAUGAUUCGACCAGAGAUCAGUGAUGGUGUCCGACAAAUUGUUCGUCAACUCAGGCUGAACGUUGAGCCAGAUGUAAAGUCUCAUCCUAGAAGUUCUCGCGAUCCAAACUUUAUCCGGGCAUUACCUCCUUGGUUGCUGCACUUUCAACUUCAGGGUGCUGAUUUCAGUGCUGAAGUAGCUGGAAUCGACGAAUCAAUAGCAGAUGACACACGGGGUGUUGCAAUUCAACUAGAGUCUUGGACAGCCGAAUAUAGAGCUCAAAAGGUCGAGCCCAAUGAACGACGAGUGCGUCGUCGCGCAGGAAGUCGUUCGCUUACCCCCGACCCUGAAACAUUCCUUACAAUGCCUUCCUCGCCCCGAAAGAAGCGCGAUCAACAUCCAACUGACGGUAGACGAUUAGCUAUCCAUGUUCGAGGCUUUGAAUCAUUUGUUGUCGAGUCUACAGAAAAGUGGGAAGUGGAGCCUUUUGUUUCGAUCCCUAAAUUCGAAGUAGCUCUUUCGACUUCGAGCGACAAUCAAGGGCCAGUAUUUCACCUCAAUUCCCACGUGAAGAGUGUUUUGGCACAAUAUUCGUUGUAUCGACACUAUGCGUGCUGCGUGGCCUCAACUGUACUCAGGAAGGCGUUUGUUCGCACCCAUGCUGAUGCGGCGGAAGCCGAAGAGACGGCACGUGCAACAGCGGCAUCAUGGAAAUCUGAUCCUUCUACUCUUCUAUCGCCGGUGACUUCUCCUGGAGGAUUCGCUUGGCCUGGACAAGAUGAUCAGGAAUACCCCUUCGGAGCCAAAGAAUUGGUCACAGUAGACUUCAGAUCCACUUUGAUUCAAAUCAAGGCUCACAUGCCAUCGGACCCUCAACUAAUGCUUCAAAUAUAUGGCGUCGACGCUGGUCGCCACAGAUGGUCGGCACCCUUCUUCCAUGCUAAGCUGGUUCGAUUGUAUGCUGAGGCCCCGCAAAUGAAGAAAGUUUGGGCUAGAAUUGUCAGUAUCAAAUCGGCUAGAGUUGACCUUCGUGAGAAACGUCACAUGCGUAGCUCCGGUGAGAUGCACGAGGAAAAGACAAUCGAUAUUACAACUAAUGCUAUAAGACUGGCGGUGCCGCAUCAGCUCGUUUUACACAAAGUUUUUGAUAAUGUUGUCAACACACUCAAAGCUGUAGAACAACUCCAUCAUCGAUUCCAGACAGGUACUAAUGAGUACAUUCUUGAUAAACGACCAGAGGGCCCCAAACAUAUCCCAAGGCUGUCAAUACGUAGUAAAGCAUUACUUUUCGAGGUAGAAGAUGGUGCAUUUGAGUGGAAGUUGGGUGCGAUAUACAGAGUUGGUUUGAUUGAGCAGCAGCAACGUUUAGCUCGAGAAGCGGCAUUUGACGUGAAAGCAAAGAAGAUUGAAGAGGAAGAGAUGCGCAGAGAUACCCAUCGUUAUCGAAAUAGAUCAGCACACCCUCGUGGUCGUAGCAAUAAUAAGGAAGAUUCUUCAACACGACAAAAAAGCGCGGGCGAUGACUUACAGGAAGAGCCUAGAACUCAGCGAGGUCGAAAAUAUCGGUAUGAUCCUGAAGGAACAUGCGGAUUAAGUGGAACUGCAAAUAUAUCAGUAUCUGAAGCUCACGACAAGCUCCGACGUCACAACGCUCAAAGCUGGAAGAGGCGUAUCGACCGAGUUUAUGGCAUUGCAAAGGAUGGCAUGAAAAAUCUUCGUGGCGUCUUUUGGGGACCCGACGAACUACCGGACGAUAUGGAUGAGACUGAAAAUAUACUCGAGGUUCCACAGCGGCCUGCCUUGAUGAGCACAUUGAUUAGUGACCUUCACAUAACGAUCGACAAGCCUUCUUUUCCUAUGAACCAGCUUCCCGAUUUUCUCCAUAAAAUGGGAAAGGGUAUGCCUCGAGAUAUGCAAUACUCACUUUUAGUUCCAAUGAAUGUUCAAAUCGAUAUGGGGGAAGCACGAGUAACGUUACGAGACUAUCCGCUACCUCUCUUGCACGUACCAGCAAUCAAGUCUGGCCAGUCACCAAGAAUGCCCGCCUGGUCUCUCAAGACAGAUUUUGUUAUCGCCGAAGAAUUUCGAGGUCCUGAAUCUGUUCGCCAUGUAAAAGUUGACAUCAUCCCCCCACUCAACCGUGAGCCAGGAACACCUAAUACAGGAGGGUUUGCCAUAGAUGUGCGCAGGACAGUUUCACCAGUCAAAUCUUAUUCGGAGAUAAAUGUCACUAUUAAUACCGGUCUACCUACUCGUAUUACUUGGGGUGCUUCUUAUCAACCCGCCAUCCAGGAUAUGAUGAUGGUUAUUGAGACAUUUACAAAACCACAAGUCGAUCCUUCCGAACGAACUGGAUUCUGGGACAAGCUUCGCCUUAGUUUCCAUUCUAAGAUUGAUGUUGCAUGGAAAGGGGAUGGAGAUGUUCAUUUCACAUUGAAGGGAACUCGAGAUCCUUACAUCGUUACUGGAGAUGGUGCCGGGUUCCUCAUGUGUUGGAGAAAUGAUGUACGAUUGAGUGUUUGCCGAGAUGACGAUCCACGAAAAUUCAUCACAGUGGACAGUGGCGAAUACAUUCUCGCUAUACCCGACUUCAGUCACCAAGCUCGCGCCACUGCCCCAGAGGCGAGUGAUAGUGAUAGCGUUAUCAGCUCUGAUAGCUUUAGACGUGGUGCAACUUUCAAGAAAGUUGUUAUGAAACUAUCUGGUAAUGUCCAGUGGUUGGUUGGUCUCAUGUUUGAGAGAGAUCUCGACGAUGGGACACGUUCUUUUGACUUUGAACCGCAUUAUAAUGUGGUGACAAAAGAAGUUCAAUACUGUAAAGCUUCCCCGGGCCAGGAAUAUGAUGCGUUCCGAGGUUUCCGUAGUCACCAUAUUCAUAUGUCGAUAGCUGUCAAAGCCCCAGUCGAUCGUGAGUGGUCUGUGUCGAAUAAGGAGCCUUCAAGAAGCUACAACACUGUACAUCUUACUCCUCGUGUUUUUACUCAUUUCUUUUCUUGGUGGUCGAUGUUUGGUGGCACCAUGUCAUUACCAAUUCGACAAGGUGGAUUAUGGCCAGGAAUUGAGAAGUCAAGCAAAAAGUUUGGUCGGCAUCUCGCCACAAUUAAGUACAAUCUAUUACUUGCACCUCUGUUCCUCAGUCACAUUUACAAACAUAAAGACGCAGAGGACUAUUCUGAAGAUGUCGUAUCUGCUACUGGCCUCAAGAUGAGAUUAGAUAGCUUUAUGCUCGACAUGCAUCAACGACGCGAAGAGUUUAAUACACAAGACAAAGGCCGAAACACCCAAACCAAGACAAGCGCGAUGAAACUACAUCAAGCGCAACUAGAUCUGUUGUCGGCAGACAUUCGUGCUGUCUCUGCCAGUAUUGCGGGAACAACACCAGAAGACCUUCAAAAGGCUUCUGCCCCUACUCUGGUAUCUCAACUGGAACGGGGUCAAACAGAUCUUUCACAUUUUGAUAUUCCUGACAAUGAUUUCAGCUGGAUUGAUAUGGAUGAUUUCGUCGAGUUGGACUGGAUACUCCCAGCCGAAGCAAACCCAGAGACGAAAAUCAUGCCACUCGCAUAUGCCCCACGUUUCACAUAUUUCCGACAAACUGAUCAUGGUGAUAAUAUUGCUGGUGAUCCAGAACGAACCAGUCCUUUUGGCAACGAACCAACACACUUUUGUAUCAUGAGCAAGGAUGAUGAUCCACGACGAGUUCAAUGCCAGCUCAUUAAUGACCGCUUGAUUCAACUUGAGAAACAGAUCGAGGACCACGCUCAAGCCCUUGAGUCGGCCGAGUGGAAAUUUAUGCAAGACCAGCAAAAUUCGACGCUCAAAACUCAAUUUGACCAAUUGAUCAUCCAUGGCCCAUUCUUGCGCAACAAAAAGGUUUUCUUGGAAUCCAUGAAAGAUCGUAUGGUACAGCGUGUAAACACCAAUGAUCCACGAACUAUUCCUGAUGGUGAUGAAGAUGCUGAUCGUGAUCGGGAAGGUCCGUCACCAAAUGGCCACGGUAUCGAGACAGAAGCGAUUGGUGAUAAUCCUCCCUCAGGCGAUUUCGUCAGUGAUUUUGACAAUCGCUUCGUCAUUCAUAACAUGCAGUUGAAGUGGAACAAUCUAUUACGAAAUAUAAUCCUUCGCUAUAUUCACCAAGUCAGUCAGAGAAGAGGUUUCGUGUACUAUCUAUCGCGGCGCGCUGUGAAGUUCAUACUGGACAUUGUUGAAGAACAAAAUAAAGCCAAGAAGAACCCAAGGCCGACUGCAGCGCAAACAGGAGAGCCUUCUAUGAAAUCCACAUCCAAAGCUCCAACGCCAGACGCUGCAGAGGUGGCAGCAUCGCAACAAGUUGAGGAUCGUAUCAAAGAAAUUUUGGCUGAUGGGAAAAAAUUCGUCAAUGCCGAUGAUCCUCAAGGUCAUGAAUCUAUGCACCGAGUGUCAACCGAUCAACUAGACUCUAACAUUGCCUCCGAAUUCGCGCCACAGAAUAGCUAUCAUGUCAGACUCAUCGCUCCGCAGAUUCAACUCCAGAGCGAGAAGAAUCCAAAGUCUGUUGUGAUGGUAACAGCGAAAGGAAUGGAGCUGAAAGUUGUCGAGGUCAUGGAUAAGCAUCGUAUAUUUGACGAUGUUAGUGGUCUUGUACAACGUCGAUUCUCAGUUGAAAUGGACGGUACACAAUUUUUCGUCACACACCAAAAAUGGUUUUCAUCCCAGCUUUUAUCGUUGUAUUCCAACAGCCGCUACGGUACUUCCCCUGGGCCUGCUUGGCCUCCUUGGGUACCGAUGGAAGUCAUGUUCGAUUUCCAUGUUGAUCCAUUUGGAUUCAAGCGUGUUGUGCAGAAGACAUCUGCCAGUUUACGCUACGAAAAGUACAACACACUGCGUCUUAAAUACAACGAUGAGAUCAGCAACGAAAAUGACCAUCCGUCCAGUCCAAAUGGCAUGGAGAGUCGCAUAGACAAUCUAUGGGUAGAAUUUCCAAAGAUCCAAGCUCUGUGUAGCUCUUCGCAGUAUUAUGCGAUGUACAUCAUCGUGUUGGAUCUGCUCAUGUACAGCGAGCCGCUGGAAAAGACUCGGAAUGAACGCCUUGAGAAGAUUAUGCUCGCGUCUGAUUUCAGUGAUUUGCGUGGGGCUCCAGAGAUGGUCAUUCGACUCCAAGAGCGGAUCAGACAGCUCGAUGAGAUCAAGACGCAAUUCCAGAUCCAUUCCAAGUCGCUUGAUAAGAAAGGUUGGGAGGAUAGAAUCAUGUUGGACAGGGAUCUUGCAGCUUGUGAAGAUGAAUUGUUUUUCAUGAUGAAGGCCAUCACUAGUUCUCAGCGUAAAUACGAUGGCACGCAAACUAGUGGUCUCUUACGAUGGAACAUCUCUUCGGAUCAAAUCGUCUGGCACUUAGUUCGUGAUAACAACGAACCUUUAAUGGAAUUCCAAAUUCAACGUGCCGAAUAUGAUCGAACCGAUAACUCCGAUGGAUCACACAUCAAUCUUAUGCAGAUUGGAAAUAUCGUAGGGCUCAAUCUUAUGCCUGAUGCCAUCUAUCCAGAAAUGUUUGCUCCAUACUCGGACGCCGAGCGAGGAGGAUUUAAUGAAGGAGGAAACCAACAAAUGUUAAGAGUUUACUGGUACAUGUUGGAAGCCAUUGCUGGUAUACCAGUGAUGGACCAUUUCGAAGUCAACCUUAUCCCAAUGAAGAUUCAACUUGAGCGCGAGGUUGGUAAACGGCUUUUCGAGUACAUGUUUCCCGGACACAAUGACGACAAGUCGAAUGCCAACAAGAGCAAAUCUCCAUUCAUGGUGAAGAACAUGAUUCCUGUGGAUGACGAUGAAGAUAAUAACGAUACCACGAUCAGCAAUUCCAUCAACCUACAUGUUACCGAUGUAGACAAUGCCGACUCUCCCUCAAGUACCCGAGCAGGCUCAUUGGAACUUCGAUUACAUCCAACAAUGACUUCGGAACCUAGGCCAACAACGGCUGUAUCUACUAAAAGUAGAGCGAGUAGUAUGCUCUCGGGUCACAGUGGUGAUGGUCAUCAUUUCAGACUCUUCCAAUCCAGUAAGAAUUCUGCGGCGUCAAGAGGAUCGUCCACUAAAACCACAAUGUCACGGAAGCCAUCACUUGAAAGCUUACAGUCCGGUCGUUCAUUGAAGCCAACUGUGAUACGAACAGGAACUACCGCAACCAUGAACGAUUCCAUGUCAGUGAAUGGCGAUGCUAAAGGCAAGCGAUUCGGUAUUCGUGGUUCAAGCAAAACACCAAAAGAGAAGCCAUCGGAUGACCUGACCAAAAUGAUGAGUCGUGCGUCUGAGUACAUGACCCUCGCUUAUGUCAAAAUACCCAGUGUGGUUCUUUGCCUUAGUUACAAGGGUAAAGGCGAACGAAACCUCGAGGAUGUACAUGACUUCGUCUUCCGCUUGCCAAUGAUCGAAUAUCGAAACAAGACCUGGUCAAACCUCGACCUUGCCCUCGCUCUCAAGAAGGAUGUUAUUCGCGCCUUGAUAUCACACACUGGUGCCAUCAUCGGCAAUAAAUUCAGCAAGCAUCGUCCCAACAUAGCGCAGCAAAGUCGCUUAAGAGAAUUGGCCACGAGUAAUGUAGUCCUCAGUCAACCACCAUCCAGUAAUGAAGAUUCCUACGAAAACAGCGAUGCGAGUAGUACUUUCGCUGUCAGUCCAACAGACACCCGACAUUCCGAUCGGUCGGUAAGCCGCCAAACCGACCGAUCCAAAAGUCGUGAGCGAAGAAAAUCUUUCGCCUCAAGUCGGAAUGGUGUAGAAGCUCCAGCGAGUGGCUCUAGUAGCGUUUACUCUGGUGUCUCCCAAGCUUCUCGACCCCCUUAUCAAGCUUCCUUUACGAUGACUCCAGCUAGUAGAGAAAAUGAUGUGGAUACCCAUUCGUUGAGACCAUUUAGUAGGAGUGGCGGGGGCGAUGGAAACCCAAUUGUGAGGCCGCAAUCUUCGGCAGGUGCAUUUAUGGUGAAUACUUUGCAGAAGUUGAAGAAGAGUCCACUGCAUAGGGAUGCGGCGGGGAGUAGUCCGAGUUUAAUCGAGGGUCAUGGAUACGUGCAUGGACAGGAAGUACAUGACAGAAAUGAGGUUGCGGAUGGGGAAAGGGAAAGGGAAAGGGAGGGUGGAGAAUCGAGAAGGAAAGCAAAAUCGUUGCUGGGGAGACUUUCGUGA